CGCGGCGCGGGGCCCCGGCGCCUGGCUCCCGCGCAGCAUGCCCGCCAGCGCCCCGCCGCGCCGCCCGCGGCCGCCGCCGCCGUCGCUGUCGCUGCUGCUGGUGCUGCUGGCCCUGGGCGGCCGCCGCCUGCGCGCGGAGACGGGCGACGGCGCGCAGACCUGGGCCCGCUUCGCGCGCCCUCCCGCCCCCGAGGCCGCGGGCCUCUUCCAGGGCACCUUCCCCGACGGCUUCCUCUGGGCCGUGGGCAGCGCCGCCUACCAGACCGAGGGCGGCUGGCAGCAGCACGGCAAGGGUGCGUCCAUCUGGGACACGUUCACCCACCACCCCUUGGCACCCCCGGGAGACUCCCGGAUCGCCAAUCUGCCGUCGGGCGCCCCGUCGCCGCCGCAGCCCGCCACCGCGGACGUGGCCAGCGACAGCUACAACAACGUCUUCCGCGACACGGAGGCGCUGCGCGAGCUCGGGGUCACCCACUACCGCUUCUCCAUCUCGUGGGCGCGGGUGCUCCCCAAUGGCAGCGCGGGCGUCCCCAACCGCGAGGGGCUCCGCUACUACCGGCGCCUGCUGGAGCGGCUGCGGGAGCUGGGCGUGCAGCCAGUGGUCACGCUGUACCACUGGGACCUGCCCCAGCGCCUGCAGGACGCCUACGGUGGCUGGGCCAACCGCGCCCUGGCCGACCACUUCAGGGAUUACGCGGAGCUCUGCUUCCGCCACUUCGGCGGCCAGGUCAAGUACUGGAUCACCAUCGACAACCCCUACGUCGUGGCCUGGCACGGCUACGCCACCGGGCGCCUGGCCCCCGGCAUCCGGGGCAGCCCGCGGCUUGGGUACCUGGUGGCGCACAACCUCCUCCUGGCUCAUGCCAAAGUCUGGCAUCUCUACAAUACUUCUUUCCGUCCCACUCAGGGAGGCCAGGUGUCCAUCGCCCUAAGCUCUCACUGGAUCAAUCCUCGAAGAAUGACCGACCAUAGCAUCAAAGAAUGUCAAAAAUCUCUGGACUUUGUACUAGGCUGGUUUGCCAAACCCGUAUUUAUCGAUGGUGACUAUCCCGAGAGCAUGAAGAAUAACCUUUCGUCUCUUCUGCCUGAUUUUACUGAAUCUGAGAAAAAGUUCAUCAAAGGAACUGCUGACUUUUUUGCUCUUUCCUUUGGCCCAACCUUGAGUUUUCAACUUUUGGACCCUCACAUGAAAUUCCGCCAAUUAGAAUCUCCCAGCCUGAGACAACUGCUUUCCUGGAUUGACCUUGAAUAUAACCAUCCUCAAAUAUUUAUUGUGGAAAAUGGCUGGUUUGUCUCAGGGACCACUAAGAGAGAUGAUGCCAAAUAUAUGUAUUACCUCAAAAAGUUCAUCAUGGAAACCUUAAAAGCCAUCAAGCUAGAUGGGGUGGAUGUCAUCGGGUACACCGCGUGGUCCCUCAUGGACGGUUUCGAGUGGCACAGAGGUUACAGCAUCAGGCGUGGACUCUUCUAUGUCGACUUUCUAAGCCAAGAAAAGACGUUGUUGCCAAAGUCUUCAGCCUUGUUCUACCAAAAGCUGAUAGAGAAAAAUGGCUUCCCUCCUUUACCUGAAAAUCAGCCCCUAGAAGGGACAUUUCCCUGUGACUUUGCUUGGGGAAUUGUUGACAACUACAUUCAAGUAGACACCACUCUGUCUCAGUUUACCGACCUGAAUGUUUACCUGUGGGAUGUCCACCACAGUAAAAGGCUUAUUAAAGUGGAUGGGGUUGUGACCAAGAAGAGGAAAUCCUAUUGUGUUGACUUUGCCGCCAUCCAGCCCCAGAUCACUUUACUCCAGGAAAUGCACGUUACGCAUUUCCGCUUCUCCCUGGACUGGGCCCUGAUUCUCCCUCUGGGUAACCAGUCCCAGGUAAACCACACCAUCCUACAGUACUAUCGCUGCAUGGUCAGCGAGCUUGUCCGUGUCAACAUCACCCCGGUGGUGGCCCUGUGGCAGCCUGUGGCCCCGAACCAAGGACUGCCGCGCCUCCUGGCCAGGCAGGGUGCCUGGGAGAACCCCUACACUGCCCUGGCCUUUGCGGAGUAUGCCCGACUGUGCUUUCAAGAGCUCGGCGGUCACGUCAAGCUUUGGAUAACGAUGAAUGAGCCGUAUACAAGGAACAUGACAUACAGUGCCGGCCACAACCUCCUGAAGGCCCAUGCCCUGGCUUGGCAUGUGUAUAAUGAAAAGUUUAGGCAUGCUCAGAAUGGGAAAAUAUCCAUAGCCUUGCAGGCUGAUUGGAUAGAACCUGCCUGCCCUUUCUCCCAAAAGGACAAAGAAGUGGCCGAGAGAGUUUUGGAAUUUGACAUUGGCUGGCUGGCUGAGCCGAUUUUCGGCUCUGGAGAUUAUCCAUGGGUGAUGAGGGACUGGCUGAACCAAAGAAACAAUUUUCUUCUUCCUUAUUUCACUGAAGAUGAAAAAAAGCUAAUCCAGGGUACCUUUGACUUUUUGGCUUUAAGCCAUUAUACCACCAUCCUUGUAGACUCAGAAAAAGAAGAUCCAAUAAAAUACAAUGAUUACCUAGAAGUGCAAGAAAUGACUGACAUCACGUGGCUCAACUCCCCCAGUCAGGUGGCAGUGGUGCCCUGGGGGUUGCGCAAAGUACUGAACUGGCUGAAGUUCAAGUACGGAGACCUCCCCAUGUACAUAAUAUCCAACGGAAUCGACGAUGGGCUGCAUGCUGAGGACGACCAGCUGAGGGUGUAUUAUAUGCAGAAUUACAUAAACGAAGCUCUCAAAGCCCACAUACUGGAUGGUAUCAAUCUUUGCGGAUACUUUGCUUAUUCGUUUAACGAUCGCACAGCCCCGAGGUUUGGCCUCUAUCGCUUUGCUGCAGAUCAGUUUGAGCCCAAGCCAUCCAUGAAACAUUACAGGAAAAUUAUUGACAGCAAUGGUUUCCCGGGCCCAGAAACUCUGGAAAAAUUUUGUCCAGAAGAAUUCACCAUGUGUACUGAGUGCAGUUUUUUCCACACCCGAAAGCCUUUAGUGGCUUUCAUAGCUUUUCUAUUUUUGGCUUUUAUUGUUUCUCUCUCCCUUAUAUUUUACUACUCGAAGAAAGGCAGAAGACGUUACAAAUAGUUCUGAACAUUUUCCUAUUCAUUCGUUUUGAAAUAAUUAUGCAGACACAUCAGCUGUUAAUCAUUUGCACCUCUAAGUGUUGUGAAACUGUACAUUUCAUACAUCUGACUUCCAGAAAACGUUUUUGUGGCUUAUGACAGAGGUUUUGAAAUGGGCAUAGGUGAUCGUAAAAUAUUGAAUAAUGUGAAUACUGCCUGAAUUUGUUCUCCUUUUUAGGUGAUUAAAAACUGACAGGCACUAUAAUUUCUGUAACACACUAGCAAAAGCAUGAAAAACAGUAACCACACCAAUGCUACGUUUGUGCAGAAAUUUGAAUGACAAGAUUAGGAAUAUUUUCAUCUGCACCCACUUCUAAAUUUAAUGUUUUUCUGGAAGUAAUAAUUGCAAGAGUUCGACUAGAAAGUUACAUACCAAGUAACCAUUUCUCAACUGCCAUAGUAAUGCCUAGUGGCUCCCCCUCUGUCAAAUCUAGUUUCCUGUGAAAAAGAAGAUGGCAGAUACAGGAGAGAUGACAGAGGGCCCUAGGCUGGAAUGUUCCUUUCGAAAGCAAUGCUUCUAUCAAAUACUAGUAUUAAUUUAUGUAUCUGGUUAAUGACAAACUUAGCAAAUUAUGGAAAUGUAUAUUUUAUAUGAUUUUUGAGGCCCUCUCUUAACCCUGGGUACCUGAGGGAUUUGUCUCACUGGUACCUUGUUGGGGGCCUUGCACAUAGGAAACUUUUGAUAAAUAUCUGCAGAAAAAUAAACAUGCAUUCUGUGAUAUUGGGCUCUUCAGGAAGCAUAAAGCACUUGUGAAAUACAGUAUACCGCAGUGACUCUAGGUGGAGGAAAGGAGGAAAAAGUGCUUAUUAUGUGCAACGUUAUGAUUAAUUUGAUUAUACACCAUUUUUGAGUAGACCUUGGGAUGAAUGACAUGACCUUUCCCUAGAGAACAAGGAUGAAAUAAUCACUCAUUCUAUGAAGAGUGAUACUACUUUCUAUUCUUUAGCUGUACUGUAAUUCAUUGAAUUGAUAGUUUUACAAAUGCUUAAUAGGUUCAAAAGCAAUCCGGUCUGAAUAACACCGGAUUUGUUUUUGUGAUCUCUGAGGUCUAUUUUAUGUUUUUGCUGUUACUUCUGUGGAAGUAGCUUUGAACUAGUUUUACUUUGAACUUUUACACUGAAACAUGCUAGUGAUAUCUAGAAAGGGCUAAUUAGGUUUCAUCCUUUAAUGCCCCUUAAAUAAGUCUUGCUGAUUUUCAGACAGGGAAGUCUCUGUAUCACACUGGAGUUCUUUUAUAGAUAAGUCAAUAUUGUAUCAGGCAAGAUAAACCAAUGUCAUAACAGGCAUCACUAACCUCACUGACACAGGGUCCUAGUGUAUAAUAAUAUACCGUACUGUAUAAUAUAUCAUCUUUAGAGGUGGUAUGAUUUUUUCAUGAAUGAUAAGCUUUUGGUGAUAUUCAUUUUAAACUGGACUUAUUAAAAUUGGAUGCUAGAGAAUCAAGUUUAUUUUAUGUAUAUAUUUUUCUGAUUAUAAGAGUAAUAUAUGUUCAUUGUAAAAACUUUUAAAACACAGAAACUAUAUGCAAAGAAAAACUAAAAUUAUCUAUAAUCUCAGAAGCCAGAAAUAGCCACUAUUAACAUUUCCUAUGUAUUUUAUUUUACAUAGAUCAUAUUGUAUAUAGUUAGUAUCUUUAUUAAUUUUUAUUAUGAAACUUUCCUUUGUCAUUAUUAGUCUUCAAAAGCAUGAUUUUUAAUAGUUGUUGAGUAUCCCACCAGAGGAAUGUAUCACAACUUAUUUAACCAUUCCUGUUUGUUAGUUUCUUAUUAAUGUUGAUGAAUAUUGUUUAAAAAUAAUUGUGUUGCACAUUUACUUUAAUUUCCUUGACUGCAAAGAGAAGUAAUUCUGCUGUUUGAUAAAGUAUUAUAUUAAUAAUAAAUCUGCCUGCAACUUUU